AUGCUGGCGCUAGACUCUCCGGAGAUUCACGAGAUACGAAAACUCUCUCCAGAACUGCUGCCGCUUGCCUAUUCAGCCUUAAUUCCCGAGCACCGGCGACCUGUGUCUGAUGCUUUCUGGUCGGAGUUCAACGAGAAGGAGCAAACUAUUGGAUACCUUGCCUGCCUUCUCCUCUUUGUUCUAACUGGCUGUGACAAGACUUCCAAAUACGGGCAACAAUUGACUCUGUGCAUGGUCUUGCCUUAUCUCGUCGCUCCGGAAACUCUUUCUCUUGUUUUCUCGCCUCUCAAGCAUCUACAGGCUGUGCAGGUUGUCACGUUCCAGGAAUACGGCAUAAACACAAUUGCAAUUAACAAGGACACUCCCAACAACCCGGAUCUCUGGAAGGACAUUGAAAAGGGAGUCUACGGUGUCCUCGUCGUCCAACAUGAACAACUGUGCACAACAAAUGGACACAAACCUCGGCUAGCGCGGUUGAUUGACGAUAAUCGCAAGUUUGCGAAGCUCAUCUCACGCAUACAUGUCGAUGAGGCGCAUUUCAUCUACACGGCUGGUCACGGACACUACGGGCUCGCUGCUUUUCGUCCGGCCUGGGGCCGUAUUGGCGAAUUUCGUGUGAAGAUUGGACACCAUGUGCCGACACAAGCGCUCUCCGGGACUCAGCCUGAGCACAUCAAAGCAGUUAUCAUCUCGAGCUUGCUUUUUGACGAAGAGCGUCUUCUAUCGAUUAAACUAACCAGCAACCGGCCAAACAUUGUUUAUGCAACACACCCAAUCGUCGGCGAACUCUCAGACCUACGAAAUCUGGACUUCCUUGUACCUAUUCCCUACCCUGCUGACUGGAUUAUGCCAAAAACUGUUGUUUUCCAUGACAGUACAGACCUGACAACUGACGCUGCAGCAUAUCACAACAGACGACUACCAGACAACCUUCAAGGCGAAGAUUUGGUUGCACAUUAUCACGGCGGAAUGUCGAAAGAGUAUCUGACUCAGGUAUACGAUGAUUUCAAGAACCCCGAUGGAAAUUGCAGAAUAUUGCAUGCAACAGAGGGUGCUUCAACGGCAUGUCUGACCUCUUUUCUUUCCUUUUCACACUUACCUGGGUGUCUGAAGGGUUUGGAUAUCCCUGAUAUAGAGGUUGUCAUUCAGUAUGGCAUAUCUCGCGACAUGCCUACAACUCUUCAACGAGGCGGUCGAGGAGGCCGUGGGCUGAAGGAUGCUUUAUUCCUCAUCAUGUACGAGCCUUGGGUGGACCUGAUUGACCUCUCGGAAAUAAAUUUCGAUGUCGACUCGGAUCCUGAUCACCCCAACGUCAUCAAACUCUCCCCGCAAUCCAAGAAACGCGAGCGAUUAGGUGUUGCCAUGAUUAAAAUCAUUCAACUCGAUGAAGCGUGUCUCCGAGCUCUCUUUGCAGCAUACCUCAGAGACGAGACACUCCAAGACUUGUUCUUCCCCUUCCAUAAGACAAUUACUUACCGAUUUCUUCCAGCUCUUUCUUUCACGGCAAGGUGGUGCUGCAGUCGCCAUGAUGGUACGGAUUUCCACCUCAAGAACUUCUUCAAGGGUCGGCUGCUCUAUCAAGAUCGCAAGACAUUGCAGCUUUACUACGGCGAUGUCGACGAGCUGGAUCGUGAAGAAAUUCUACCAGUACGAGCGAAACGAAAGGUCAGCAUCAAGGUCCGUAAGGCGCCUCUGCGGGAAACUUUAGUCUCCCGUCUGGAUGUCUGGCGUUUCGAGGCCCAUGCUAGGGACACAUUGCGGUCAGUCCGACCUUCAUCAUUCAUUAUUGAUGACAAAAGCAUUGCAAAACUGGCACGGCUACAUCCAACUACUGUCAACUCUCCUGCUCAAAUCACCCUGGAGCUGAAUGAGACUCCAGAAUGGCAAAAUGAGUGGUCAAAGUCCAUAUUUGACGUGAUCAACACCUACGACCAAGAACUCGAGUCCCUUCGAAAGGAAACCAUCAUGGCGAAGAAGGUCCACCGGAAGCGAGCGCGAGUAGAACAAGACCAGGCAGGGUUUGAAGAGGCCUCGAGGGACGUGGAACAUCGCAUUCGGGAGGAAGUUACGAGGUGUUAUGCUGCGGAGGCGCUUGCGGAGAUUGGAAACGGACAGGACAUGGCAUUACGUCGCAGCGCGAGAAUUCAAAAGUAA